AUGCCAAAAUCCAAGAGAAACAAGCAAGUUACACUUUCGAAGACAACGAAAAAGGGAAGAGGUCACAAAGAAGUGAUUGUUAACGCAAUAAGAGAUGCAGCUGAAAAUUACAAUUCGGUUUACGUUUUUUCGUUUGAGAAUAUGAGGAAUAAGAAACUGAAAGAGUUUAGAGAUGAGUUGAAAUCAACUAGUAGAUUUUUUCUUGGAUCCAACAAAGUAAUGCAAGUUGCUCUUGGUCGUUCUGCUUCUGAUGAAAUUAAACCUAAUCUACAUAAAGUUUCAAAGUUGUUGCGAGGAGAUGCUGGAAUGGUUUUUACUAAUAUGUCUAAAGAAGAAGUUGAAAGGCUGUUUAAUGAAUUUGAGGAAUUUGAUUUUGCAAGAACAGGAGGCAUUGCCACAGAAAAGGUGGAACUCAAGGAAGGUCCUUUAGACCAGUUCACACAUGAGAUGGAACCUUUUCUGCGGAAGCAAGGAAUGCCUGUUCGGUUAAAUAAAGGAGUUGUAGAGCUUGUUUCUGACUUUGUUGUCUGUGAGGAGGGAAAACCGUUGUCACCUGAAGCAGCGCGCAUACUGCGUUUGAUGGGAGUCAAGAUGGCUACAUUUAAACUGAACCUUGUUUGCAGGUGGAGUGCUGAUGAUUUUGAACUCUACAUUGACGGACCUGGUGAUUCAGAUGUUGAAUGCUCAUAG